CUCCUUAUCUUACACAGAGCCUGACUCACGGGAUUGUAACAGCAAUAAUUUUCAAGCUGGACCUUUCAACUUGAAGCAGAUUUCAAGCAAGGAGAUGUUUCUCUAACCCCUGGGACUGGCAAGGGACAUCAGGUAUAAGCAGAAUUGGAUGUACUGAAGCCUCACGGCAUCCAGAAUAUAGAAAGAGAACCCCUAAUAAGCUGCACUGCAAGGGCCCCCUGCCAUGUGUGGAAAGAGGCACAAGUGCUCCUUCUCCCGCCUGGAGGUGGUCCUCAUCGUUUUCCUGGCGCUGAUGACAGCAGUGACUGUGGUACUCCUCGUCCUCCACUUUCUCACCCAAGAGAACAGCUCCAGCAAUGGCAAGUCGAGCUACUUUGGUUAUGACGACCCACCAUCAAAUGGUGUCUCAGGAGACUACUUAUUGGGUGCAGGUCGAGCAGAUUGCACAGGGCCAGUAGCAGAAAUUCCUCUGAUGGGUUACGCCAAUCCUGACCAGGUGGGCGGCGGGCUCCUCACACGCCUCUACAGCCGAGCCUUCAUCGUGGCAGAGCCCGACAGCUCCAAGCGAGUAGUGUUUGUUAGCAUCGACAUAGGAAUGGUGUCUCAGCGACUGAGGCUGGAGGUGCUCAAGGAACUGAAGACCAAGUAUGGUGAGCUCUACCGACAGGACAACGUCAUCCUCAGUGGCACCCACACGCACUCGGGUCCUGGUGGCUACUUCCAGUACACGCUUUUCUGGAUCACUAGCAAAGGACUGAUCAAACCGUCCCUCGAUGCUAUUGUGAAGGGCAUUGUAAAGAGCAUUGAUAUAGCACAUCAGAACCUGAAAAGAGGAAGGCUUUUUAUAAACAGAGGCACUGUAGAAAACAGUCAGAUCAACCGAAGCCCGUACUCAUAUCUCCAGAAUCCAGCAUCUGAACAAAGCAGGUAUUCAUCCAACACGGAUAAAGAAAUGGUGAUGCUGAAGAUGGUAGAUGAGAAUGGACAUGACCUGGGCCUCAUCAGCUGGUUUGCCGUGCACCCAGUCAGCAUGAACAACACAAACCAUCUUGUGAACAGUGACAACGUGGGCUACGCGUCUCUCUUGUUUGAGCAGGAGAAGAACAAGGGCAUGCUUCCUGGAGAGGGAUCUUUUGUUGCUGCCUUUGCAUCUUCCAACCUGGGAGACGUGUCACCCAACACCAAAGGCCCGUUCUGCGUAAACACAGGGGAAUCAUGUGACAACCCACAGAGCACCUGUCCUGUGGGGGGGGCAGCGAUGUGCAUGGCCAUGGGUCCUGGUACUGAUAUGUUCGACAGUACAAGAAUUAUAGGGCAAAAUAUCUACUCAAAAGCAAAGGAGCUGUAUGCCAGUGCUUCCCAGGAGAUCACAGGACCCCUCAGCUCAGCUCACCAGUGGGUGAACAUGAGUGAUGUCCAGGUGGAGCUCAAUGCCACGCACACGGUCAAAACAUGUAAACCAGCCUUGGGAUACAGCUUUGCUGCAGGGACUAUUGAUGGAGUGGGGGCUUUCAACUUCACACAAGGUUCGGUAGAAGGGGACCCAUUUUGGGAUCAAAUCCGUGACCAGCUCCUGGGAGAGCCAUCCAAUGAAACGAAAGCUUGCCACGAACCCAAGCCAGUUCUCUUUAGCACUGGAGAGAUGACGUGGCCUCAUCCAUGGCACCCUGAUAUUGUGGAUGUUCAGAUUGCUACCAUCGGAUCGUUGGCAAUUGUUGCGGUUCCCGGAGAGUUUACGACCAUGUCUGGACGCAGACUACGGGAAGCUGUUAAACGUGAAUUUGAUUCUCAUGGUACAGCAGGAAUGGAUGUCGUAAUUGCAGGGCUGUGCAAUGUCUACACCCAUUACAUUACCACCUAUGAGGAAUACCAGGUUCAACGAUAUGAGGCAGCAUCAACUAUUUAUGGGCCACACACCCUUUCUGCCUACCUUCAGCUGUACAGAGGACUUGCAAGGGCUAUUGCUACGAACACAGUUCAGGAUUUGCCAAGUGGCCCAGAGCCCCCAUUUUUCAAUAUAACUAGCCUGACCUUGGUGCCUGGUGUCAUUCCCGAUAGGACACCGGUGAAUAAGACAUUUGGGGACGUGCUUCAAGAAGUGAGACAACAGUAUCGAGUGGGAGAAGUUGCUGAAGUAACUUUUGUAAGUGCCAACCCUAGGAAUUCUGCAGAGAACAUGACGGAACACAACUUCCUGACGGUGGAGACAUACGUCAACGUUUCAGGAAAAUGGCAGGUGGUACGGAAUGAUGCCUCCUGGGACACCAGGUUUUACUGGACCAAGGGAUCAUUAGGUCAGAGCAAUGCGACGAUUGAAUGGCACAUCCCUAGUGGCACAGAGCCUGGCAUCUACAGGAUACGGUACUUUGGGCACUAUAAGAAAAUACUCAAGCCCAUUAAUCCAUUUGAAGGCAUAUCCUCAACAUUUGAAAUCACAAGUCUGUAGGUGAUCUUGUUCAUUAAAGGAAUUGUUUCCUUUGAACAGUAGAUUUGGUAUCUGUGAUGUUCCAAUGGACACCGGUGAGUUUUCUUGUGGAAUAUGUGACUCUAUACAUCAUUGCUGUCCCUCGUGUGCUGCUUAUUGUCCUUUGCUGUGCAGAGCUUGGCUUCUGCAAAAUUUUGACUUUUACCUGCAAUUCAACCUUACUAGUUCGAUAUGUUUUCAUUCAA